AUGGCCCCAGUUGCUUUUCAAAAAGACGAAACUCACACACAAAACAAUGAUAAUAAUCUUGAGCCAUUUUCUCUUCUUUGGCUUCAUGAUCAAGUUAAUACAGCUCAAGAAAAUCAACAAGUCCGAAAACAACUUCGACAAAUUAUUAAUCAUCUCAAAGCAUUUGAUAAUGAAGAUCAUUGUCGACAAUAUAUCUUAUCCACUUCUUCACAAGAUCGAAUUGUUUUCAUUGUCAAAGCUGUAGCUGUUAAACUGGAUGAUCUUAUUUCAAAAAUCAAACAAGAUCAAAAAACUCGAACCAAAGUUGAAGAGCCAUUAUCAUUCAAUAUUUAUUCUAUUCAUGAAAAUAUUGAUCAAUCAACAAUUGAACUUAAUGGUCAUUUUGUUCACUCGCUUUUACUUAUUGAUGUUCUUUUUAGAAUGAAAGCUACUGAACAAGAUAAACAACAACUCAUCUCUCUUUGUAACAAUCAAUACGAAGGAAAAUCGGCUCAAUUAGCUAUGGUUCAUGAAUUCGAUGAACAAUAUUCAUCAGAAAAAGCCUUGUGGUGGUAUAGUCGUGAUUCAUUUCUAUAUAAAAUCUUAAACAAAGCAUUAAGAACACAAAAUAUUGAUAUUUUAUUUCUUUUUCGAUUUGUGAUUGCUGAUAUAUAUCAACAAUUAAAACAAAAUCAAUGUCAAUCAUCUGUUUUAGUUUAUCGAGGUCAACUGAUGUUCAAAGAAGAAGUCUAUUGGAGAAUUUUUAUCAAUAAACUCAUUUUUUUCAACAUCGCUUGA